GGCCGUGGUCGUGGAAAAGCCGACGGUGUCCGGCAGACGACCAGAAACCAAAGCGAGGCAGCGCGCAGUAGACACACGCAGCUCUCCUCUCUAGUACUCAGUUUUAGACACCAUGGACUCCUCUCACCACCGAACAGAUUGAGCUGCCCUCUGGCAUGCUCACCUGCUACUUUAUCCGCCACGGCGAGCGCAUCGACCACAUUGACGACGAGUGGGCAAAGACCGCAACCACCCCCUACGACCCGCCCCUGACUGCCGACGGCCACCAUCAAGCCCGCAAGACCGGCAAUCUUAUCUAUGACCUUGAAAUCGAGGCUGGCAGUGCCCUGCCCUAUGCAAAGGACAUCAUCUCCCAGACCUCGUACCACGUCGUCACGUCGCCGUUCCUGCGCUGUGUGCAGACGUCCGACAGUCUGUUUCAAGGCUUCCGUACCAGGGCCAAAUCCGUGCAGUGGAAUGUGGCUGUGGAACCCGGUCUGUCGGAGCUCAUGAACGACCAGUACUUUGACGAGCAGGUGCCAAGCACCAUCAUCGAUCAGCGGCGCGCCGAGAUUAAGGCUGGCGAGGUCUGCAGGGACAUGCAGCAUGACGCGAGGUAUGUGGAGGCGAGCCAGAGCCUGCCAGUGUAUCCCGAGAACUUCCAGGAUAUGAUGGCCAGGUUUGUGUCGACACUGGACCGCACUGGCACAUACUUUGCCAAUGAAAUGUACAAGGAGGACUUGUGUUCAUUUGGUCCGCCCAGGCGCCGUGUUGUCGUGUUUGUCACGCAUGGGGCUGGCAUCAACUCGCUGAUCUGGGCCACGACUUCCAAGUACGGCCGCAACGAUGCUGACUAUUGCUGUCUGACACGCGCCAAGCUGGCUGCACGGCGGGAUGCUCGCCCGCUGCUGGAUUUCGGCACCUCUCGCAUCUCGUCAUUCAUAUGGAAUGUCGACUACAGGGCAUAUAACAAGCACUUGGCUGUAUUGUAAUAUCUACGAGGACUAUGUUUCCCGUUCUUUU